UCUGAAUAUCAUACCUAAUAGCACGGUCCCUUUUUUCAGCGACUCAAACUUGUCCUGCAGUCGCUUUACAAAACGAAGUCCUUCAUUUUAAAAGAGAAACUGAUCAGUAGAUUCAGUACCUACAAUGGAACUGCAUGAGCUUUUCAUAGCGGCAGCAAGCACUUUAGGAUUCAUCUCUCUUUGCAAAUCCUCCUUCAGUUUUCUCAGGUGGGUAUGGGUCAUGUUCUUGAGACCCCCAAAGAAUCUCAAGGAGUAUGGCUCCUGGGCUCUCGUUACGGGCUCUGCUGAUGGUAUCGGUAGAGCCCUUGCCUUCGAAAUGGCUUCAAAGGGUCUUAACCUAGUCUUGCUUGAUCGAAACACUUCAAAGCUUGAAGCUACCUCCAACGAAUUACGUGAAAAAUAUGGUGGACAAAUUGAUGUUAAGAACAUUGUUAUGGACUUGUCCAAGUUUAGUGGGGAGGAAAUAGCUGAUGCCAUAGAGGAAGAGAUAAAAGGGCUCGAUGUCGGUAUUUUGGUAAAUAACGCAGGAGUGGCUUACAGAUUUGGUAAGUUCCUCCAUGAGGUGGAUGAUUUGGAGGUGAUGGAGAGCAUAAAGGUGAACAUGGAGGCUGCGACGUGGAUCACUAAGGCAUUGCUUCCAGGUAUGCUCAAGAAGAAGAAAGGAGCAAUUGUCAAUCUUGGCUCUGCCUCUCAUGCGGUCCCUUCUUUUCCUCUAUUCACUAAUUAUGCUUCUUCCAAAUCGUACCUUUCAAUGUUGUCAAGAAGCAUUAGUUUGGAAUACAAGCAGCAUGGAAUUGACAUUCAGUGCCAGAUUCCUAUGUUCGUGGCAACAAAGCUAACAAUGGUUAAGGCAACUCCCUUCUUCUUCCCAUCACCAGAGACGUACGGGAAGGCAAGCAUGCGAUGGAUUGGCUAUGAGCACCAUUGUUCGCCCUACUGGGGGCACUCUGUGCAGUGGCUCAUAGUACGUACAUUGCCCGAUGCGUUUGUGACUGCUGUGUGUUUUUGGUACACCCUUCGGUUGCGAAAGAUUGGCCAAUUGAAAAGGAUGCAACAAACAACACGAAUACCAUGAAACUCCAUUGUGUACGUUCUUUGUUUUGGUUGAGAUUGUGAGGUUUGUUAAUUUGAUGUGUAUUUGGUUUGCAGUAAUUAAGUAAUAAUAUAAUAAGAAGCAAAUUCACAAAGGACUUAUAUGAAUAGGAAAAUUAUUGUGAGUUAUGGGAACAUUGUCACGUUUUUUUUAA